UAAGACGCCGUAUGUUGUGCUUAUUCUUCUUGGAACCUCAAAGCACGCUGCUCGAAAGUUUACCGAGACGUGUUUCUUGCUUUCAGAAAAUCUUGGUCCAACAAUAUUCCAAAGCAUUAUUGGGUUGACUGGUGCGGCCCUUCGUUCUACCACUGCAUUUACGCCAGGCACAUGAUACUCGUCUGUGAGUGUGACUGAUCGUGAUAUUUGCACCCAGAUUCGUGGUCAACUCUCACUUUCUGAACUCAAUCAUGGUACGGCAUAAAGUCUCAAAGCCAUCAGGAGUGCAAGAUGAUUUCCCGAGCAUACCCUUCCCUGGCAUGGCCAUAGGCACGGGCAUAGGCCCACAGGCACCAUCUCUCUACGAAAGUCUCGGAGACUCUUCUGAUGUGGACGAAACGGAUAAUUCAAAUGAAUCCACAGCGUGUGAUCAAGUGAAAAAGCUCUAUGAAAUUCGGAACAGAAAGGACGGCACAAAAUGGGUCGAAGAGGCCCCAAAAGUUGGCAAACCUCAUUUCAAGAAAAAGUGGCGAGACGCUGCGCUUCUGGUUUGCUACAGAGCUACGCCCCCUUCCACCAACGUUAAUCCGUAUACCAUCACCUCAAUCUCGAUCCAAAAUCACGCCCUUCGAGCGAUGGUACAGAUCAUAUUGAAGGAUUGGCCAGGAAUUGCCACCAACGUACAGGAUCUGACCUUAAAUGGGCCGCUCCAUCCAUUCUUUCACCGUUGGGAUGAUCUGACGAACAUGCUACACUCAGAUCUGAGUGGAAUGGAGAAGAAACUCCUUGCUGCUCUGCAUGAUGUGUUGUAUGAGGAGUUUGAAGGCGCCCUUCAACGAUAUUCUGAUCUGAUAUCACGUGAGAUGAUCGAUUUCGAGCUCCUGUGGACUAUAUUCCCUGCGGGAUGUGUAGUGCUCAGCCGUAACGGGCUCGACCAGCAAUGCGCUCUCGUAGUGAAUUGUCGAUAUGCCCCAUCGCUACACGACUUCAAGAGAAUCUUCUACCUCGACGUCGCUUACAUCGACUGCGAUGGUUAUCGGUACGGCUGGACAACAACUUCUGUGAUGGUUCAAGAGUUCGACGGUGUGAAGCAUGUUUCGGAGCUUGGUGUGUUACCCAUUAAGUACUACACAACAGACCCCGAUAUCCUGCAUCGUCUCGAGACUAGGGGAAAAGGCUUCGUCGCGUUCCAAUGGGACAAUUAUAAAGCAUACCAAGGAUCUCCGGCAGCUGGUCUUGACGAAAGCCGCAUCGUCAUAGAUGCUGCGAAAUAUGGAGAGCACAGCUCGCCGAUCAUCUUGACAGCUUACCCGCACGGACUUCGGUCUCUUGUGCCAGAGGGUGAAGCGUGUUUGAGCUCUUCUGAUUAUGCAGCUUGCGACAAUACCUCUGUCCCUGGUGUCAUUCAGACAUUCCCCGAUCCUAUGGUGCCUUUGGUGUAUCCUUAUUCCCUAUCUGGCUUACCUCCACCAAAGCCAAACAAAUCCAGCACGUACAUCAACGACGAAUCAUAUGAUCUAAAGAAACCAAGCAUUUGCGCGGCUCAGAGGUCGGGUCGAACAAAUUUCGCCACAAGUGAUGUCUUGGUAAUGCACCGUUGGACUCUCAGUGAGUUCGGUGCCCCACCUGAGGCAUUCUGUCCACCUCAAGUGCGAGGUCAUUGCCUCACCAGCAAGAGGUGGUUACAGUUCAGAGUUGAAAACAUCUCGCCUAUUGAGUUCAACGACGCCGCAUAUGAUCGGCUCGUCAUACCGCAUUCCCGAAAGCGCAUCCUCGGCGCUUUGGCAAAGACGCAGCGAGAGCGAAGGAACGGCAUUGAUGAUAUGAUCAAGGGCAAAGGUCAAGGACUGAUCCUCCUGCUCAAUGGUCCGCCUGGUACAGGAAAGACUCUUACGGCAGAGGCUAUCGCUGAUAAGAUGCAUCUCCCUCUGUACGCAAUCGAUACUUCUCAGCUUAGUGACGAUAUCGAAGACCUGGAGGACGAUCUGAGAAAGAUAUUUCGGCUGGCCGAGGCUUGGGACGUCGUGCUUCUGCUCGACGAAGCUGAUGCAUUCCUUGAGCGCCGAACUUCGAACUCAAAGCAUCUGAAACGGAAUAAGCGUGUUGCCGUUUUCCUUCGGGUGCUUGAAUACUUCCGCGGAAUCCUGAUCCUGACCUCGAACCGUGAAGUCGAAUUCGACGAGGCCUUUCACUCGCGCAUUGAUCUGACCCUCCGCUACUCGAACUUGAAUCACGACGCUCGCACCGCUGUGUGGAAGAACAUCUUAAGCUUGGCACCUCACGCCAUUUCUCAGGAAUGCAUCGAAAGCUUUGCGGAAAGAAAUUUGAAUGGUAGGCAAAUCAAGAAUACUAUCAAAAUGGCACGUUUGCUCGCCAUCAGCGAAGGCCACGAGCUCAACGCGCAAGAUGUUCGAGAUGUAAUCGACAUCACGAACGAAGAGAUGCCGCGGGACUGGGAAGAAUAAAGCAAGCGCUUGACCGGAGGGACGGUCUUGGCGGGCGCGUGAGGACAGCCCAUGCCACAUGCACGUUUGCGCCUCGGAGAAGCGCGCCUGUGAUGGUUGCGGCCGUGAGCUUUCGCGACUCGUUAGUUUGAAAUUUAAUGGAAUGACGAUGUUGUUACAAGAAUUCGUGAGAUUCCUGUCACGGAUCCUUAGAUCCGCGCUCGGUGGUCGACUGGUCAGAUUUCACACGGACCCACUGCUGCACAGGAGGCGCCUCAAGCGGAGCUUUGGCGCCGAUCAUAGUGAGACUAGGCCGACCCCGACGUCGCUUGCUCGUUAUUUGUGACUGAUCUUCCACGCGCACCUGCACGAUGUUAUUUUGAGAUCCCGAAUCUAUUAUCCUGUGU